UCACUCACUCACUAAUUACACACACCACCAACAUGUCUAUACUGUACCUCCGGUUUAUCUUCAUAGUUGGGACUCUACUGGCGGACAUUCCUCACAAACAACGUGUUUCUGCCCAGAACUAUCAGCUGACGUCAUCAUGUGGCGGUUCUGUGGAGGCAGGACGGCGCUGUACUCUGAUUUGUUACACAGGAGAAGCUUCACAUACAACUAUACAGUGGCAGAAUGGAACUUUAUUAUACAGAGUAAACCAGGGUAGCUGCAGCUCCACCUCCCCCUCUCUCCCAGCUGACUACACCACCUCCUGCCCCAGCUCGACCAACUACGUCCUCACCAUCAACAACGUCGUGUACGGCAGGGAUAGACUCAGCUGGAGGUGUGACCAUCAGUUUGGAGGCAGAGCCAUUAACAAGAUACAGAUGGAUGUUCUUGUUUCGCUGAACAGUGUUACCCUUACUAGAACUACAACGUAUAUUACCUGCGUCGCAGUCUCCAAUGCAUCGCCGUCAGUGACGCUGUACAGCGACGGGACCAGAGUGUCCACCAGCCCAGCAGCAGUAGAGGGACACACUGGCUGGACAGCCACCAUCAACUACCAGCUGACAGGCAAGAGGAGGAACUCCCUGUACUAUUGUCAGACUUCCAGCACACAGUCUACAGUCAAUUCUACUUAUUCCUUUCCUGACAAAACCAGUUAGAAGCGAGUGAUAUGCAGGCAGACUUACAUAUUACUUCCGUGUUGAUGCACCCGGUUACACACGGGGACUGCAGUGACGGUUUAUACCUGACAACCACAAGACUCAGUCAAUGUCGCGGAGGUGCCCGACAAAGGUAUGAUGAAGACAUCCCCAGCUGCAAUAUUAUAUGUGAUAGCAGGUGUUGUAUCAGGUGCCGCCAGUGCCAGUCCAGUGUUGUCUGCAGUGUCUGACACAGCCAGGUUCAGCUGGGAGAUUCCACAGGGAGGUCUGGGGACAGGAGCCAGUUUCUAUGCUGUCAGUCCUGCUGGUGACA